CUGUGCAUUCGUCAACAUUCCAUUAUACACACAAAACAUAUUGUAAUUUAGUUCAUUAAAUAAUUUCUGUAGAUUUAUUUUCGAGAAAAAAUGGCAACUAUCGAUGAAAAACAAGUGAAAUCGAGAGAUACUCUCAUAAGUCAGCAAUUGGAAGAUAAGGAAAUUCAAGAGAUUUUGAAAAGUGGCACCGAUUUACGCCAAUAUUCACAACAAAUUGAAAAAGAUCUGAAGGCUGUCGAAAAUCAAUCGAUUGAAGAAUACAUUAAAGAAAGCCAAAAUAUUGCAUGCCUACACAAUCAAAUUGGUGAUUGCGAUUCGAUUUUGGAGCGAAUGGAAUCGAUGCUUACCAAUUUUCAGAGCAUUUUGAGUAACAUAAGUACGGAGAUAACAACAUUGCAGAAAAAAUCGGUAUCGAUGUCUGUACAAUUGACAAAUCGUCAGAGUGUGCGAGCGCAACUAUCACAGUUCAUUGAGGAUAUGGCCAUUCCAGAAGAUAUGAUUAGUGUCAUAAUGCAAACGGCUGUUACCGAAAAAGAUUUCAGUACACAGUUAAGUAAUCUCAAUCACAAAUUGAAUCUUGUCAAAGAGCUACAGUUCAAAGAUGCCAAGUCAUCGGAGGAUGUUAAAGAUGUUUUGGAAAAGCUAAAAAUCAAAGCAAUGUCGAAAAUACGUCAAUAUUUGCUAGAACAGAUUUAUAAAUUCCGUAAACCAAUGACCAACUACCAAAUUCCACAGAAUGCAAUGCUGAAGAACAAAUUCUUUUUUGAGUUUAUUCUAUGCAAUGAACGACAAGUUGGUCAGGAGAUUUGCAACGAAUAUGUAGAUACAAUGAGCAAAAUUUAUUACAGCUAUUUUAAGAGUUAUUCAUCACGUUUGGCAUCAUUGAAGUUUGAAGACCCAGUGACAAAAGACAAUUUAAUGGGACAUGAAGACACUAACACCAAACAGAGUCUAUUCUCCAAAGCGACUUCAUUGCGCAACAAAGGCACAACAUUCACAAUUGGUAAUCGUGGUGAAAUUUUAAGCCAGCAGCUUGAAGCACCGAUCUUAGUUCCACAUGCACAACAGAAAAUUCAAUAUCCGUACGAAGCUCUGUUUCGUUCCGAGCAGUACGCAUUGGUUGAUAAUGCAUGCAGAGAAUAUCUAUUUGGCACUGAAUUUUUCAUGGUACGCGGCAGUCAGGCACAAGAUUUAUUCAAUCAAAUUAUGGGCAAAACAUUGACAUUGUUAAUUAAAAAUGUCGAAACUUACAUUCAAGAUUGUUAUGAUAGCAUCGCAAUGUUUCUGUGCAUUCAGUUGAUUUUACGGUUUCAAAUUUUAUGCCAUAAACGAUGCGUUCCGGCCUUGGAUAAGUACUGGGACUCAUUGCAAGCUGCGAUUUGGCCGCGAUUUGAGCUGAUCUUUCGAAUGAACAUUCAGAGUGUGCGUGAUUGUGAUCCGAAUAAAUUCAACAAAAGUCUUGCCCCGCACUAUAUAACGCGUCGCUAUGCUGAAUUCAGUGCGGCUAUCGUUGGAAUAUCAGAACAAUUCCCAAAUGAGCUCGUAAGCCGUCUUUUGCUUGAUCUUCAGAAUGAAGUUGAAUGUUUCAUCAUGAAAAUGGCUGGCAUUUUUACGUCAAGAAAGGAGCAAUUGAUAUUUUUGAUCAAUAACUAUGAUAUGAUUUUGAAUGUAUUGCUAGAACAUACACGUGAUAAUUCGAAAGAGGCAGAGACAUUCCGCCAUCACCUUACGACACGAAGUACAGAAUAUGUUGAAGAAAUAUUGGCGCCGCACUUUGGUGGAAUUAUGAUGUUUGUGAAAGAUAUGGAGCAUCAAAUUGAGAAAAAUCCGUCCGGCAAUGUAACUUAUAAUGAACAUCAUGCAUUACAAUUGGUAACCAAAUUUUCGGCCAAUUGGAAGAAAGCGAUCGAAGAUAUAAAUCGUGAAAUCACAGUAUCAUUUCAGUCGUAUGUCACCGGUUCCACGUUGCUACAGUUAGCAUUGGCCAGUUUAGUGCAAUAUUAUCAUCGAUUUCAUAAGCUUCUCAAUCCAAAUGAACGUAUGCAAUUAACUAAUAUUCAUCUCAUCACAGUGGAAAUUAAGAAAAUUAACAAACUAUCCGGAUUCACAAACUAAAGUAAUGUUCAGUCUGUACAUAAAAU